AUGUCCCAACAAGAAAAAAAAAAAUUACCAAACAACGAAACUACUCCUGCGCCUGCUACCACUAGCAAAUCGACCGUUACUUCAAAAUCAAAAGUUCAGCAUAUGAAAGAACAAUAUAAAAAUUUCAAGGUUCCAGAUUCCUAUUUAGAACAGCAAAAGGAUCUUCGCCAUAAUUUAGACCUUUAUGAUGAUAAUCCAUCUUUGGAAACUGAAAAUCAUAAAUUACGUGCGACAAUAACUGAUUUGCGUAAUAAAAAUACGAAGUUGGAGAAAACAAACGUAGAUAUUUCUAAGGAAUUAAAAGGCUUAAAAGAGGAUUUCAGUACGCUUAUGGAAAUUAACGAUGCAUUCAGUACAGAAAAUGAAGAAUUAAAAAAAAAAAUCAGAGCAACCAAGGGCAAAAUAAGUGUAGUCCAAAUAAGUGACGAUGAUGAUAAAGACGAAAAUGUUGAUGACGACUUGAUGGAUUCUAAAUCAAAUGCAACUGAAGAAUCACCUGAAGAGCCUAACGAAAGAGAAGCAAGAAAAAAAUUGCGAAGGAUAAAGGCUGUGAAAGAUCUCUUUAAUAAAAAGGAUAGCCAAAUUACGAGUUAUGGAAAACGGGAUCUGUUAAAAAUUCUGGCAAAUCAUGCAUAUCAUUCACCGGAAGUGAGUGAAACCGAAGAUGAAGGUUCAAAAUCAGUCAUUAAUGUUUAUGAUCUAUCGUGGCGCUUAGAAGAGCAAUUGCGACCUCGGAACUAUGACGACGAGAUACAAUGCUAUGAUAAAGUACCACCGGAUGAUGCUCCCGAUUGGUCAUAUGUUGAUCAACCGGAUAUGGUAUAUGACACAGAAUAUACAGACGAUUUAAAUAUUAAUGAUGAAGAUUUAGAUGCAAUUUUGGAAGAUAAAGCAGAUAAAUCAGAAAGUUUUAUGCAAGAAGAUUAA